AUGGAUAGCACUCAAGAAUUCGAUCGCCAAUCGCGUUUAUCUGCUAGCCAGACAAGUAGCAGCACCAACGUCAACACUAGCAAUCAUGUUUCUCAGGAACCCGAUAUCAUGUCCAAUCCCAAAGCUUCCGAGAUCAUUAAAGCAUGCAAAUGGAAGGACAUCGGCCGCCUUAGAUCUCUAGCUGAAAGCCAUGGUGGAUUCUUGUCCGACAUCCUGCGAAGGCAAGCGUGGCCCAUAUUGCUAGGCAUCGAUGCCCCAUCAGAUGAUCAAGAGGAUCUGUCAUCAAUGCAGGAUGAUUCCGGGGACUGGAAGGGAUUACCCCGCCACCGGGAUGAAGACCAGGUUCAGCUUGACGUCAACCGUUCCUUCGUCUACUACCCAAACAACCAGUCCGACGCGGAGCUAAGUCUCCGCAAAUCAGAGCUCUCAUCUCUCAUCACUGAGGUUCUCCGUCGCCAUCCUUACCUGUGUUACUUCCAAGGCUACCACGAUAUUUCCCAAGUCUUACUGCUAGUGCUAGCACCAGCAUGGAGAGCUCGUGUGCUUGCACGACUGUCGGUAUUGAGGAUACGGGACUUCAUGCUGCCUAGUUUCGGGCCAACGACUGCUCAGCUCCGUCUUCUCCCUGAUAUCCUCAAUGCUGCUGAUCCAAAGCUUCGGCGGCACCUCGCCGGUGUUGAGCCAUUCUACGCACUGGCCGGUACCCUAACGAUGUAUGCUCACAACAUCGAGGCAUACCAAGACAUCGCCCGGCUGUUUGAUGUCUUCCUCGCUCGGGAGCCUGUGUUUCCUGUCUACGUAUUUGCGCAAAUCAUUCUCGACCGCCGAAAUGAGAUUUUCGAGAUUGACGAGCCUGACAUGCUACACGUUAUUCUUGGCAAGGUACCUACCAAAAUGGAUUUGGAUGAUCUUAUCAUCAAAUCAGCCGCUCUUUUUGAGAUUCACCCCCCAGAAACCUUGAGUUAUUGGCGUCAGAUAUCCAAAUACAGCGCUCUCAAGACAGCUCGUGAUAUUGAAGCCUGUGCAAAACAAACCCUAGAUGAGGGCUCCGAGCUUUUUGACAAACAAGUUGAUGAGGUUCACUGGCAGGAGAUUCGUGAUCGCGUUAGGUUGGCUCUUUGGCGUUACCGCCGACCAGCAAGGACGGUUGGGAUGGCUCUGGCUGUGGGAGCUCUGGCUUUCUACCUGCGACGCAACCCAAGCCUGGUUAGCCGCAUCACGUCCCUUUUUACCCGAUAA